AUGCGUUGCAUGAAUGUGGAUCAAAUUAGAAAAGAUUUGUAUGGCGAUCAAAUAGAUAUGAAAAAAAGAUUUGGUACAAUGUCAUUGGUGAAACUUGAACGUUUACUUAAAUAUUGUAUGAAGAAAAUCGAAGAAGGUGUUGAUCUUGCAUUGGUGGCAGUUGCACAUAGUAUUCCAUUUGUGCUUGUGCGUGAUAUUCAAAAUAGUGAAGAUCUAAAGCAAGUAGCAAUUGUUUUCCUACGUAAUAUUACCGCAUCAAGUGAUAGUAAACCAAAAAACACAAAAGAAGUCAUGAUUUCGCCACCAAUGUAG